ACGCGUCCAGAGCGCGGAGCCGGCGGGCCGUUGGUGGCGCGCGGGCCCGGCGGGCGUUAGGCUUGAGCGGAACCCGAGCUGCGGCAGCUAGCGCCGGCACUAUGGUGGAGAAAGAGGAGGCUGGCGGCGGCAUUAGCGAGGAGGAGGCGGCGCAGUAUGACCGGCAGAUCCGCCUCUGGGGGCUGGAGGCCCAGAAACGAUUGCGGGCUUCCCGGGUGCUCCUUGUCGGCAUGAAAGGACUAGGGGCUGAAAUUGCUAAGAACCUCAUCCUGGCAGGGGUGAAAGGCCUGACUAUGCUGGACCAUGACCAGGUAUCUUCGGAAGAAGUUGGAGCUCAGUUCCUUAUUCGGAUGGGAUCCGUUGGCCGAAACAGGGCUGAAGCGUCUUUGGAGCGAGCCCAGAAUCUCAACCCCAUGGUGGAUGUGAAGGUGGACACUGAGAAUAUCGAGAAGAAACCGGAGUCAUUUUUUACUCAGUUUGAUGCGAUAUGUCUGACUUGUUGCUCCCGGGAUGUUAUAGUGAAAGUUGACCAGAUCUGUCACAAAAACAGCAUCAAGUUCUUCACAGGCGAUGUUUUUGGCUACCAUGGAUACACAUUUGCCAAUCUGGGAGAGCAUGAGUUUGUAGAGGAGAAAGCUAAAAUCAUCAAAGUUAACCAAGGACUUGAAGAUGGACCUGAUACCAAGAGAGCAAAACUUGAUUCAUCUGAGACGACUAUGGUCAAGAAGAAGCUGGUCUUCUGCCCCUUGAAGGAAGCUCUGGAAGUGGACUGGCGCAGUGAGAAAGCCAAAGCCUCCCUGAAGCGCACAGCUUCGGAUUACUUUCUCCUUCAAGUGCUCUUGAAAUUCCGCACUGACAAAGGACGAGACCCAAGUUCCGAAACCUAUGGGGAAGAUUGUGAAUUGCUGCUGCAGAUUCGAAACGACGUGCUCGACUCGCUGGGCGUCAGUCCUAACCUGCUGCCUGAGGACUUUGUCAGGUACUGCUUCUCUGAGAUGGCCCCUGUUUGCGCCGUGGUUGGCGGUAUCUUGGCACAGGAAAUUGUGAAGGCCCUGUCUCAGAGGGACCCUCCGCACAACAACUUCUUCUUCUUCGACGGCAUGAAGGGGAGUGGGAUUGUGGAGUGCCUCGGCCACAAGUGA